UCGCCCAAACCCUAGCGGCCGCAGUCGGCCAGUUGCGCGUGCUCUCCGCCGCUCACCCCAGCCGCCGGCUCACCCAACGCCGCUCGUCGGCCGCCCGCCCGCAGUCGCGUAUCACCCAACCUCUUAUUUUUGCUGCCAAUCGGGAGACCCGUAAGACGUUACCAAGGAAGGCGGCAUCAUGAGGUUGGAGAAGUGCUGGUUCUGCUCCUCCACCAUCUACCCCGGCCAUGGAAUCCAGUUCGUCCGCAACGACGCCAAGAUCUUCCGCUUUUGCCGGUCAAAGUGUCAUAAAAAUUUUAAGAUGAAGAGAAAUCCUCGUAAGGUUAAGUGGACAAAAGCAUACAGGCAAUUGCAUGGCAAGGACAUGACAAAGGAUGCUACCUUUGAGUUUGAGAGGAAGAGGAACAGGCCUGAGCGCUAUGACCGCAAUUUGACGGAGCAAACUCUGAAGGCCAUCCCACUUAUUACAAAGAUUAGGCAUGACCGCCUGGAGAAGCACAUUUCAAACAGACAUAAACCUGGUAAACGCAAGGAGAUGGAGAAAGAUUCUAAGGAGCUGGAUCAGGACAUCGGCUUGCUUCCGAAGAAGCUUAUUAGCAAUGAGCUCGCAGUCGAGAAACCAAAGAUCAAGGUCAAAGUUGUUCAGCAGCAGACAGAAGAUAAUGCUAUGGAAGAGUAGUGCGUGGCAUUGUGUCGCCUCCGACGCAGAUCUUUUUGUAUUUACCUAUUAUGUAGUUGAUGAAAGAUGUUUGGACAAUGUUUUCGUGGAAAGUUUUCCGUGUGGUUCCUGAUAUACGCUGGUAUGGUAUGUGAGAUAAAUUUUGACAGCACACUGUCCUAACAGUUCGGUCUAAAUUCAGUAACUUGUGCAGUGUUA